AUGAAGAGACAAAACGAUUUUAAUUAUAGCGAAGACGAUCCGAGUGACCUGUUUGAUGAUCUGCUUCAGAUUGGACGUCAGGAUCUACACAACAAAGCCAAGGAGAAGUAUGAAGAGCUUAAACAGUACAAGCUGUCUCAGGCAAGAAGCCAAGGACAAGGAUCUACAAGCCCUUCUGGAUCAGGAACUCCUGCUCCAAACCUGCCGUCUCCUGGAUCACCUGGUGUGGGUAGUGAUAUUGGCCGAGGACCUGGUCCUUCCCCGAGCACGCCCCAGGGUCAGCUUCCUGCGUAUUAUCCAGUCUCUCCACUAAACAACAGCCCAAGAUAUCAUCAAGGUGGUCCUUCACCUGGAGCAACAGCUUAUGAAGCACCACGCAAAGUCCCAGGAUCACAGUCUCCGGGUUCAAUACCAGCAGCCUCCCCUACCACUUCACCGGGAGCAACAGCUUAUGAAGCACCACGCAAAGUCCCAAGCUCACAGUCUCCGGGUUCAAUACCAGCAGCCUCCCCUACCACUUCACCGGGAGCAACAGCUUAUGAAGCACCACGCAAAGUCCCAAGCUCACAGUCUCCAGGUUCAACACCAGCAGCUUCCCCUACCAGUGGAUACUUACAACAGAGCUCAGCAUUAAGCCCAAAUCCUGGUGCUGGUACUACUUUUAGUCAUGGAUUAAAGAGCACAGAGCCAUUACCACCAAUGCCAAGCAAUGUCGUCCAAAUGCAAGGUUUACCCAGUGACCAGUCAUCUGCUGGAGUGGUCCAUGCCAACACUGGUCAAGAUGUCAGUUCAUACAGCAUCACCACUUAUAAGCCAUUCAGGUAA